AUGUCUGCUAUUACAACCAAGUUCGUCACAAACCACAAACUCACCAAUGAGAUGAGUCUCGAAGAGCUUAGCCAAUAUGCACCGAAAAUACUUGAGCUCUUAACAACUAGCACACUACUAGUAGAUAAAGAAAAAAGGCACCAGGCCCAUAAUCGCCUUCAAAAAGGGUAUGAAUUUAGCAAAGAACAAGCAUUUGCAUUAAUUCCUCACGAGAGAAUUGGGAGAAGUAAAAGCCAACGUAUUAUGAAAGAUAAACUUAGUGAAAAAGAUAUAAAGACAAUAUCUAGAACCUUAGUCGAAACAUCUUGUGAUGCUGUGAUUGCCUUAUCCCUCCUCUCUAGGCUUCAAAGAGAAUUACGGCCCCUUAACGCUUCAGAAAAAAUAAUUUCUGCUACAUUGAAUCCGGAGGUAACUAGGUUAUCCAAUAAAGUUCAAAAGGAGCGUAGCGAGCAACGCGAAAAUGAAGGAAUUGAUUUUCUAGACCACUUCUCGUUAGAAUCAGUCAAGGAAAGAUUGGAUAAAUAUGAUAUAUCAAAUAUACCUGACAAACAGGCCCUAGCCGAUAUAAUGAUAAUGCUCUGUAUUUGUUCGGCUGAAAUUAAAAACUUGCGUAUAUCUAAUGGGACUGUAACUGGAUAUGCAAAAAACCGAGGUCAACAAGAUAUUCCUCGAGUGUUUAGAUUACUAGAAAAGAAUGAGGAGCGGGCUAAGCAACUCAUUACUUGGAUUCAGGAUAAUAUUUGUUCUGGACAGUUAAAGGAACCAGGAAAACUUGGAUCUAUGUACUUAAGUACAUUUCUGAAAAAAGAUGAAUUUAUUCCUGAAAGUGGUGAACCACUACUUCCUAGCUCUUUACGAAAAUUAGGGGCAGUGUUCACUUCU